AUGAAUCAACCAAUUAGCGGUGAAACCACAGUUUAUAGAUGUGGUCGUUGUACAAUGUUUUACUAUAAAUAUGAUGACCUAGUAGCACAUUUGUAUUGGCGGCACGGUACUGAAAGCUUAUGGUGUAAGAAGUGCGGACUCAAGAGAUGGCGCUACGCCGCCCAUCUGUGCAAUGUGUUGCCAACGGAUGGUACCAUCGACGAUAGUGAAGUCAAUACGUCGUACUGCUUUUGUGGGAAGGACGAGAACGAUUCGCCGAUGAUAGGAUGUGAUUCACCGAAAUGUACGUUGCAAUGGUAUCAUUUCAAAUGUGUCGGUAUUGUAACAGCACCUGACGGAAAUUGGUACUGUCCAGAAUGUCGAAAAUAUUGUAAUACUUAA